UUCCGGCGUGGUUUGGGGGGUAGAUCAGCCAUGGGGGUAAAAUCGACGACCGAAUGCUACUUUACACCUUCACUUGUCAACAGUGAAUUGUGCAGCAGAUCACAUAUCAGUAGGAAUUGUCCGCUGAUGGCCUGAAGUGUGUUUGAACCCCACCAGAUCACCAAUCAAUGCAAGCAUCCGCUCCUGGCCGUGGGCCAAACCCACACUACCCAACCAAAUAUGCGCCCGUCGAGCUUCCAAGCCAAUACCAAGGCGCAGGAAACCCCAACGGACCUACAAAUACUGGCUUCCGGCACGAACUCGCAGAACAAACAACCCCUCAAAUCGCCCAGCAAAUAUCGCAAUAUACCCCACUCUCCUUCCCUCCCUUCUCCAUCCCGACAGACACCGACUCCCUCUCCUCGGGUUUCCCAUAUACACAACGCCUCUCCCAACUCCGAAUAACACGCGAUCAAUGGCACCAAUUCAGUCUCGAAGCCGUUAACGCAGCGAAGCUCACUUUCCGUGAAGAUGCAGCGGCGUGGGCGACUGGCGUUGGCACAGGCGCAGCAUCUUCUGCCUUCCUGCUCGUUUUCGGCCCCGCAGUUGGAUACUACACCGGGAAAGCAGUACAUAAGAAAACAGUUAUUAAGAAAGUGAAAGAGAAGUUGACACAAGAUGGAGAGUUAAGGAAUGUGUUGAGGAGCUGGAAUGAGGGCAGUUUUCUGGAGAGGGGAGUACAGGUUUGGUUAGAGGCGCCGAGUGAAGAGGCGGCGGUUGAUGUGCAGCCGGGUAUGAGUAGGAAGGAUGUGGAGAAGGAGGCGAAGAGGUUGGCAAGGAGGUUUAGGAUCGUGGUACAGCCGUAUGAUCCGAGGAGCGCGCCGUUGGGACAGGGGAGUUGGGGGAGUGGGCAGAGUCCUGUUUCGCUGGGGAGUGGACAUCAAGGGGAGGGCUGGGGCGCGGAACAAGUGCCUGUGAAACCGUAUCCAGCGCCUGUGCAGCAUAACCACGCAGGUUGGGGUAAUCAACAAGCGGUUGGACAUGGUGGAAAUCCCAUGGUGCAGGAGUUGCCAGGUCCGCCUACGAAACCGUAUAUGACGCCUCCGCAACAAACUUGGGGAAAUCAACAACCGACCCAGCUCGGUGGGCAGCAGGUGGAGAUGGUACAGGAGCUGCCAGGUCUGGCUGCGCCCUUCAUUGCUGAGCUGGACGGUGGGAAUGGCAACUUUCAACGGCCUCCUGAGAUUCCACCUAAUGAUCCUCCGAAGGUAUCAUGACGCGGAGAAUAAUAACGGUUGUUACUUCUUGGCUGCAGGGGGAGAUAAAUGUACCUAUUCGUGCAGCAUAUUGGUACAGUCAACCAUACUUUCAGGGGAAUGCCUUCGCUUGUCCCAAGCGAACGUCCAGACGAACGAGGUUUGAAUUAUACACCAGGGUUUUCCAGGGGUGAAAGGCUACCUAUGAGCUACAUAUUCAGCUAAGCUUAGUCGCUAGUGCUUCUCGUUGCAGAGUACACUUUUCCCAAUUCCU